AUGAGUGCCCGUCCACCAAUCCCGCCACCACAAGGGCCGGGAUACAAAUAUCCGCCUGCGGGAUCCAAAAUUCCAGCAAAAGGAGAGUUGUUCUAUGGAGCGGCAGGAAACAAACAUGGCGCUAAAGAACCUUCCACCGCGACUGAUCCUCUCCCAAGUUCAACCUUCGGCAAUCUGGGAGGACACUCGGGCGGCCCGAACCAAUCAGGCUACCCAUUCUACGGAGCGAGGGUAGAAGAUACGGAUGGAGUUGACAUAAGCGACAAGUACAGGAAACAACUUACAGGGAGUGCACCACCACCCCCGGCGCUUGCGACGGGACCACCUGCGGAGCCUGGGCAGCCCGAGAUCAAAGGACCAGCAACCGACUUUUACGGGGCGAACACUCGUUUUCCAGCGAGAGAUGAGAAUGGAAAUGCCGAUACUAUGCAGCCUCCUGUUUUCAAUCAAUUUAAGGCUAUGAAAGAUGAGGAAGGGCAAAAUCAAGUUAAUGAGGCUCUCAGGAAGGCCUCAGGCCCACUUGAAACAGGAUCGAGCGGAAUAGGCGCAUCUCAUGGACAGUUGCCAAUUACUACAACCGAUGGGUUCCAUAUAUCUGAGGAUCCUCGGGGUGAACAUGCGACAUUCGACGUGGACCCAUCGGUGAAUCCAGAUGGUACUACGCAUCUUUAUCCCAAUGGCUCAAGCAGUUCUCUCCAGCCACGCCAGCCGGGCCACGUCGGUAACUUGCCCUUGAAUGAUGUCCCUAACAAGAUGGGCCACGGACCGCCAGAAAUAAUCCCGGGAGAGACGCAUCCGCUUGAUGGCUUGAAGCCUGUUCAAGAAACGAAUCCAACCGGGGUAGGCUCUUUCUAUCCGGAUCCUAACCUGGCGGCGGCGGCUGCUGCGGGAACCUAG